AUGAUGGCUGUCCGAUGUGGCGAUCCCCCGAAUAUGAGCCGAGACGAAUCCCCGUGGGCCGUUCCCCAAAGCCCGUGGUGGGCCGAAGCCCGUGAACCCGCCCAAAUGAACCCCCGGAAGCAGGCGGCCAACACUUGGCACAACGUCUACAACUGGAUCCAGUCCUCGCAGAACUCCGAGGAUGCCAGCGGUUCCUCCCGUUCUUCCAGCGCCAAGGGAUCUCCCUGGGACGAAGAUCAGUCUCCACAAUAUGCUGGACCGUUCUCGGCCUGGGAGCCGCCUUUCAAGGCUGUUGCUCCUCAGCCUCAACAGCCCCGUGAGCAGCAAGUCAAUGGGAAUCCGUAUGCCGAUAUCCUUGAGGGUCUUCUCAAGCUCAACAUGGUCGAACAGGCCACCGCCGGCGGAUCACGAGGAACAGGACCUUCCGCUUCUCCCACCUCCUCCAACAACACCUCCUUCCCCACCGAGGAUUUCCUCAACCGCCCUGGUCCUGCUCAGGGCCCUGCUCAACAACCCCCAUCCCCGCAGCGUCUCCUGUCUGGCCGCCAAAUCGUCGGCCAAUCCAACCGGGAAACUUUUGAACAACCCCGGGUCCCGCAGGGAAAUGAGGAGUGGUUCGCGCAGCAAAUGGAGGCCCAGCGACAGCAACAAGCUCUGUAUGAACAAAUGUGUCAGAUGAUGAUUAGAUCGGCACAGGUUCAGCAGCAACAACAACCCCAAGCAACCCCCGCCUGGCCUACCACCCAACCUUCCCCAAGUCGUGCGACAAUUGCCCGAAAGAACUCCGCAGCCAUCGAACUCCACGGCCACCUCGAUGAGUGCACCGAAGAGUAUCGUCAACUCGAGAAGGAGCGCAAGCAAACUGAGGCCGAACUGGCUCGUCAUCACCUCGGGAAGAAGAUCUCGUCCUCAAAUGGCCUCCCCAUCCCACGACUCCCGAACGCCCCUUCUCGCCUUGAUCGACUGAUCGUAGACUUCCACCGUGAGCACGCCAGAUUGGUGACGCUGCUGGGGAAGAUGGAGGUGCUUCGGCGCGAGCCGCUCCCGCUCAGUAUCCACAACGCUCAUGCUCACCUGCAGCGGGCGGUGGCCGUGCUCCAGAAUUGUCGUCAGACGGAGAGGGCGUUGAUCCUACAGACACUUCGAGGAGAGAUGGUUCACUACGACGAGGAGAAAGAAGCCGUGAACUUGUCGAAGGCGCUGAUCACCGUCAGGAAGGCGGCGCUUCGCGCGCGAGCCGCCAACUGGGUUUCGCUGGCUUCGACGAUUGGUGUGCAGGAUGUGGCUGAGCAACAAGUAAUCGACCGUCUGAUCACUUCCGACUUCACCGUCCCCCCUCCGCCAAUCCGCAGCCGCCCCGUCAAGAAA